AUGCGAGAUCCUGACGUCUUCGCCUCAAACCGUCUUUUCGGGACCGGUUCUGGAUCCAAUUUCGCGUCUAUUGGCGAGAGUCUUCCACGCGACAAAGGAUUUUCAGAUAAACCCAUGAAACAGAAUCUCGUCACCGGACCAUCUCUUGACCAUAUUGCGGCGAAGGCAUUGCAGGGUGCCUCAUCGAUUGAAGUGCCUGUAGACGAAGCCGUUUGCAGGGGUACAAAGAUACUGUGCCAAGAGUGGUCACCUACUGUACAAGAUAUUGAUGGGGAAAGUGUGGCUCUCGAGAGAUCUGUCAGCCGUUAUCCCGACCCGGAUGACGUUUUGAAAGUCUUUGAGUCCAUAUUGGAGGCCGGUGGCGACCUCGGGAAAGAAAUCGUACCUACCCGUUUGGCCCCGUACUUUUCCGUCCCGGAAGACUUCUCAUUCGAUCAUAACCACAAAAUUAACGCUAUUCAUAUCGCCGUUUACAGAGGUCUUACCGAAGUUGUCGAAUAUCUGAUCAAAGGCCGCUAUAUGGCAUUGGGACCAUUUACUUACGGUCCCCUCGAUCAUGCAUUACAAGGCGGACACAUCGAGACGUCGAAAAGUCUUAUUCAACAUGGAGCAGAUCUCGGUGACAAAAGCAGCUCUGCUCUUGAGGCUGCUGCAUUACGUGGCUUGACAGAAAUCGUGGUCUUACUAGUCGACGAGAAAGGGAUGGACCCGAACGGACUGGGCGGAGGCUGGAACCCCUUGUCUUGUGCGAUGCUGAGUGUUUCGGCUGGAAACGAGGAUGAUGCAUUAGCCACAUUCACCUUUCUACUCGAGCGAGGCGCCAAUCCUGAUCUACCAGGCUAUUCAUGUGAGCUGGAUACAGAGAAUUGGUAUGAAUCACCACUCGCUCAAGCUUUCAGUUUGAAGCAGUUUGAAAUAGGCUUGCUCCUUUUGCAGCAUGGAGCGCACCCGGGAAAUGACGUGAUUCCACUUCACAAAGCGGCAUCAGAUCGAUUACGACGAUACUUACUCCCUAACGAGAGUGGACUCAUCAAGUUCAUGAUAGAAUUCUUGGACCGCCUACCAAAUACUAAGAUGCCGCAGAGGCCGUCAAAUUUGGGUUGCAAGCCGUUCCGCCCGCUUGAAGGACUUUUGAGCGAACCCUCCCUGAAAUCUCUUUUUGUUGCCCACACGCUAUUACAAGAUGGGUUCCAGAUACCGGAAACAAGGAGAAAGGCACUCCCGAAUCUAGCGAGGAAGUCAAGAUUGACAAGGCGGGAUGUCGAGCUCAUCCUGAUAUGCUACCCUUUCAUGGAUCUUCGUUACAUGGAAAAGAAGAAGCUUGACUGUGUGGUCCGAAUUGUAGAAAAUGAAAGAAAGGGAACACGUCUGUUCAGUCGGGACGAUUCUCCAGCACUCGAACCUGAGCCAGGCACAAGUUCCCAAUAUGAUUUGAGCGAAAUCAUGCAACAAUGGAGAAUCUUUGUUGACAUGGAGUUUGAUAAGGCCUUUAGGGAAACCAAUUUCCACAUGGUAGACAUAGUCCAGAUGUGA